GAGCCUCGCCGGACCGGGAGCACCGCAGGGCACCUGGAGUGUCCCAUGGAGCAGGGUGGAGGCGCGGGUGGUGCCGACACCGGCGGGGCUGGCGGCCCCCGGGCUGCCCAGCCACAACGGGGGACAGCGCCAGCCGCCACCGUGGCACAGCACAAAGGCACAGAUGAGCCUGGGCAGGAGAAGGCUGGUGGAGGGACGAGCGAGCCCGAGCAGGAGACAGCCCUGGCUGCUCCAGAGCUCCAGCAUGGACGGGAAGCUGUUCCAGGAGAGGAGACUUCGGCUGUGCAGCAUGAUGGAGGACAGGCAGCAUCUGAUGGAGGACAGGCAGCAUCCACAGAGGAGAAGGUGCUGGCUGCCACUGAGGCCCAGGGUGUAGGGAAGGAUGAGAACAAGAAGCCUGGGGAGAAGAAAGCUCCAGCUGCAGGAGAGCUCGAAGGAGGAAAGGCUUCAGCUGCUGCAAAGGCUGAGGAUGGAGGGAAGGAUGAGCCCAUGGAGGGGAAGGGCCAGGCUGUAAUUGAGGCACAGGAUGGAGGAAAGGACAAGCCCAAGAAGGAGGAAACACCUGGUGGGUCAGGGGCUGAGAGUGGUAGAAAAGCAGAGUCCACUGAGGAGAAGGCUCUGGCUGCAGCAAACUCAAAAGGAGGGAAGGCAAAACCUGUGGAGGAGACACCCUUGGCUGCAGCUCAGGCUCAGGAUGGAGGCAAAGGAGAGCCUGCAAAGGAGAAAAUCACAGUGGUUGCAAAACAGGAGGUCCCAGCCACUGCUAAAGCUCUGGAUGAAGGGAAGCAAGAUGCAAAGGCAGAGCAAGCCCCAGCUGAUACCAAGCCUGCAAAGGAGAAAACCACAGCUGCUGCAAAGGAGAAGGCCCCGAAUGCUGCAAAGGCUCAGAGUGGGAAGAAUAAAGAGGUAAAGGCAGAAAAAGCCCCAGCAGUUAAAAAGGCUCCGGAUGGAGGCAAAGAGGAGCCCACAAAGGAGAAGCCUCCAGCUCCAGUGAAGGAAAAAGCCCCAGAUUCAGUGAAGGAGAAAGCUGCAAUUCCUGCAAAGGAGAAAGCCCCAGAUACUGCUAAGGCUCAGGAUGGAGAGAAGGCAGCAGCAAAGGCAGAGAAAACACCAGCUGAAAAAAUGGCUCAAGGUGAAGGCAAAAAAGAGCCUGCAGAGGAGAAAUCCCCAGCAGCUGUGAAGGUGCAGGAUGGAGGGAAGAAAACUGCAAAGGUGGAAAAAUCCACAGUUGCAUCAAAAGCUGGGGAUGAAGGGAAAGAUUCUAAAAAGGAGAAGGUCCCUGCUGCUGCAAAGGCUCAGGAUGGAGGGAAGAAAGCUGCAGAGGUGGAGCCUCCCACGCCUGGAGCAGAGGCUGGGGACGGGGCUGUGGAGCCCACGGAGGCAGCGGCCAUGGCUGUUGUGAAGGCUCAGGGUGAAGGGGAGGAAGUGUCCAAGGGGACAGAGGGACAGCCACCAACGAUCCCCGAGGCCCCGCGCCCAGCUCUGCUGCAGAGCCUGAGCUGCCCGGCUGCCUGCCACAGGCAGGAGCAGCCCUGGGCAGAGGUGGCAGAGAUGGAGACAAUAGAAGAGGAGUCCACGAUGGUGGAGCCAAAAGAGGGUCUGACAGAGCCUGGCUCUGGCCCACCAGCCCUGGGGGACCUGCAGCCCCUGGAACCCCCUGGCACCCCUCAGGAAAGGACAUUGCCCAGUGCCACAGCACAGCCCCCAGAUCCUGCUGGGGUGGUGGAGCAGCCUGGACCUGUGGUGGAACCAUCUUUGACAGAGGCAAAGCCACCCCCCAGCCCCUACCUCACCCCCGAUUUUGGGAAGGAAGACCCUUUUGAGAUAUUGGACGAUGUCCCUCCGCCGCCAGCACCCUUCGCUCAUCGCAUCGUCACCCUGCGCUCCGCCAGCGUCAGCUCCCAGUUCAGCCUCAACUCCAAGAACAUCCUGGGAGGGGGCAAGUUUGGUGAAGUCCACACGUGCACAGAGAAGGAGACGGGGCUCAAGCUGGCAGCCAAAGUGAUCCGGAAGCAGGGAGCAAAGGACAAGGAGAUGGUGCUGCUGGAGAUCGACGUGAUGAACCAGCUGAACCACCACAAUCUCAUCCAGCUCUACGAUGCCAUCGAAACGCCCCGGGAGAUCAUCCUCUUCAUGGAAUUCGUGGAGGGUGGCGAGCUCUUCGAGCGGAUCAUCGACGACGACUACCACCUGACGGAGGUGGACUGCAUGGUGUUCGUGCGGCAGAUCUGCGAGGGCAUCCGCUUCAUGCACCACAUGGGCGUCCUCCACCUCGACCUCAAGCCUGAGAACAUCCUCUGCGUCGCUGCCACCGGGCACAUGGUGAAGAUCAUCGACUUUGGGCUGGCUCGAAGGUACAAUCCCAAUGAGAAGCUGAAAGUGAACUUUGGCACCCCUGAAUUCCUCUCCCCUGAGGUGGUCAACUACGAGCAGGUCUCCUACACCACGGACAUGUGGAGCAUGGGUGUGAUCACCUACAUGCUGCUCAGCGGCCUCUCUCCCUUCUUGGGUGACGAUGACACCGAGACACUCAACAACGUCCUGGCUGCCAACUGGUAUUUCGACGAGGAGACCUUUGAGAGUGUCUCCAAUGAGGCCAAGGACUUUGUCUCCAACCUCAUCAUCAAGGAUAAGAGUGCUCGGAUGAGUGCUGACCAGUGCCUGCAGCAUCCCUGGCUCAACAACCUGGCAGAAAAAGCCAAACGCUCCAACCGGCGGCUCAAGUCCCAAGUGCUGCUCAAGAAAUACGUCAUGAGGCGGCGCUGGAAGAAAAAUUUCAUCGGGGUGUGCGCUGCCAACCGCUUCAGGAAGAUCACCAGCUCAGGGUCCCUGACAGCACUGGGCAUCUGA